AUGUCAAGUACAACAACGACUACAGCAACAACAACAAAUAUAAAUAUAAAUGGAAAUGAUCAGGUUCAUUUACCAUAUGCUCGACUUGAAUCAAAUAAUUUCGGUGUCUAUGAUGUUUGGCAAGAGAAAACAAUUAUUGGCAAAAAAACUAAUCACAACGAAGUGGAUGUUAAUAUGGGUUCAACAUCGGUUGUUUCUCGUGUUCAUUUUGAAUUAAUACUGGUUAAUGGUACUGAUUUUCAAUUGAAAUGUCGCAGUAAAAAUGGUAUUUUCGUUAAUAAUAAUUAUUCAAAAGUAUCUUCAAUAACAGUCUUACCUAAACAAUGUACGCUUCGUUUUCCAAGUACUGACAUAUGCAUUACAUUUUCAUCAUUAAUUAAUAAUAAUCUUAUUACUACUAAUAAUACUAAUGCAGCUGCUCGAACUUCUCCUGGAAGUGUUUCGCGUCAUGUAUCGACUGACACUUCACAACAGCAACAACGUUCAUCAUCAGUUUCAAUUGAUACAAAUAAUCCGUCUGCAACAUCUUCAUUACUUCUUCAAUCUAUUCCCAAUGUUACACCACAACAACAACAAGUUAUUCUUGUAGCAGUUAAUCAGCAUCCACAUCGAACAGUGAAUCACGCUAAUACUAAUCAUGAAUUGAAUAAUAGUCUUCUACCAAUAAGUCUUAACAUACCAAAUUCAUCAUCACCAAUAAAUUCAAUAUCAAAUGGCCGCAAUAAUGGACAAAUAAAAAUACAAUAUGAAAGUCCGGCUGCUAUCAAUAUAACGGCAAAUACUUCUCUAUUAAGUUCUGCAAUACAUUCAUGUUCAACAAGCCCAAGACUUCCUAACAGUGAUAUAACCGAAAAUCAAACAUUAGUUAGUUCUCCAAUAAUUCAACGUCUUCCAGCACCCGGAAUUGAUAAUAAUCAUCAAGAUCAAGAUAAUAUGAAUUCAAAAAAUAGUACCAAACCACCAUUUUCAUAUGCUCAAUUAAUUGUUCAAGCUAUUUUAUCGGCACCGGACAAGCAAAUGACAUUAAGUCAAAUAUAUAGUUUUAUAUCAGCUCAGUAUCCAUACUAUGAAGCAAAUAAUCGUGGUUGGCAAAAUUCUAUUCGACAUAAUCUGAGUUUAAAUCGUUAUUUUAUUCGACUUGCGCGUAAAGAAAAUGAAACUGGUAAAGGUAGUUUUUGGCGCUUGGAUGAAACAUGUGAAGAAAAAUUAAUCGAUCAUGCAUUUCGUCAUCGAAAACAACGUAGAAAUUCCAUGUCACUGAGUUCUUUACACAAUGAUACUAAUUUAAAUAAAUCCGACGAUGGACAUUCACCAACAACACAGUAUCAAAAUGAUCAAACUGAUUUCUUACUAGCUGAUAUUCAAACAAGUAAUCCAUCGACACCAUUGUCACCAAUGACCAGUCCUUUAGUUGGACCAAUAAUCGAAGCCAUAUCUCCUAUUCGUCAAACAGAAGAUAAUAAACGAAAACGCGAGGAUGAUGAUGAUGACGAUUUCCAAAAUGAACAACAGAUAGAAGAAUUAUUAUAUGGUCUUAUUACAUCGAUUGAUGAGAGUGUGAAACGUCAAAAAACAUGA